AUGGCGGCCGUGGCCCCACAGAAACGGAGCCGUAGUUCCACGGAUACUGAAGGUUCAUCCUCAGCUUUUGAGACACCUGUGAAAAAAAGGCUCUCAAGCUUCACUGAGGGUCUAACCCCAUGCAAGAAGUCAAGAAAUAACUCGUUUGCUUCUCAGAUCAAAUGGUCAUCAAGUUCCAGUGAUGAGAUGAAAGAAAAUGAGGCCAUCCUGGUGAAGCCAGCACCGUGGAGGAGGCUGGAUGUUUCACCUCUUAAGGCAGCCAGCAUUCCCGCAGCCAUGCAGAGCGAAUCCUCAAGGAAGUUAUCCCCAACUCCUGCUUCCUCCUACAAGCCCCUUUUGCCUGUGUUGUCUUUUUAUAGCAAGGAAAAGAGAUACCUUACGCCUCUGGAGAGGAAGCGGCUGAACGAGAACCUGUCUUUGAGGGAGAGGAACACGGAUGAGAAUCUCCCUGCUGCCAGCAGGACUGAGAAGAUGAUCUUCAGCUCCAGCAGGACAUCUCCUCCAAAUGCUGUUGUCUACCCCAUAUUCACUGCACCCCCCACCAGCAAGAAAAGGACACAGGCUGUGCUGGAUGAACUGACUUCUCCGUUUGGGUCAAGCCCACCUGCAAAACCAUCUCACACCUCACAGAAAAGCAAGAAGGGGAAGGAGCUCUGUAAGCGCUCAGGAGAUCAGAUGAUCAUUGAUGCUGGUCAGAAGCAUUUUGGUGCCAUAGUUUGCAAGUCAUGUGGCAUGAUCUACACAGCUGCUAGCCCAGAGGAUGAAGCCCAGCACAUCCAGCACCAUGAGAGAUUCCUCGAGGGACUCCGAUAUGUGGGUUGGAAGAAAGAACGGGUUGUGGCAGAAUUCUGGGAUGGGAAGAUUGUAUUGAUUCUUCCAGAUGACCCAAAAUACGCAGUCAAGAAGGCAGAAGAUGUGCGAGAAAUUGUAGAUAAUGAACUGGGAUUUAAGCAAGUUUCUUUGAGCUGCCCAGCCAAGACCAAAAUAUACUUGUUUGUGUCCAACGAGAAGAUGAUUGUUGGAUGCUUGGUGGCUGAAUCAAUCAAGCAGGCUUUCCGGGUGCUGUCUGAGCCAGGAGCUGCAGCAUCCCCUGGUCAGGACAUCCUGCAGCACCACCGGGCUUGGCGCUGCUCCACAGAACCAGAACUGGCCGUUUGUGGCAUCAGCAGGAUCUGGGUGUUUGGCCUGUGGCGCAGGAAGGGAAUUGCCCGGCGCCUGGUGGAUGUGGUCAGGAGCACCUUCAUGUACGGCUCCUACCUGAGCACCCAGGAAAUCGCCUUCUCCGACCCGACUCCGGACGGCAAGUUGUUCGCCACAAAAUACUGCCAAACCCCAAACUUCCUCGUUUACAACUUCAUUUCUAACAACUGA